UAUUUAACUGGUGUGUACUUGUUUUAGAAAGAGAUUCUUCUCGAUGGUGCACGCAUUUUUGAUAUGGACAUUUCUAAUCAAAUUUUAUUAAUCGCACAAAAGCCAAAGGAAGUAGGUGGAAUGCACUUGCUAACUAAAAUGAGCUUGUUGUCUCCAUCUGAGAUGCAAGAUAUCUUACUGCCUUCUGCUACAAGUGGUGUUAAAGACCUUCAUAUUUCUCCUUCUAAUAGUAGUAUGGCUCUCUUUUCUUCAUUGGGGAAGAAACUAUCAGUGCUCAGCUUGGACAGUGGCAAUCUUGUUAUCAAUUAUGAUCUACAGGAUCCUGCAUGGUCUUGUUCGUGGGAUCUGAACAAUUCGCAUAACAUAUAUGCUGGACUACAGAAUGGUUCUGUCUUAGUGUUUGACAUGCGUCAAACUGUAGGUCCCAUGAAAUCUUUAGUUGGUUUGACUAAUAACCCUGUGCAUACUGUCACUUCUCUUACACAAACUUCAAGUCUUUCAUCGGGUGUUAAAACCAUCCUAUCGGCAUCUGCCUUUGGCCUUUGUCAGUGGAACAUUGAUUCUGAAGAACGGCCGCUUGUGGUUCCUGAAACUGAUAAUCAAGGAGUCUGCAUAUCCCUUGCCUAUUGCCCUAGCAGUGAUGACAUUGUUGCUUCAUACAGACCGAAAUUAAUGGAUGUGCCUCUAUCUCAACCGUUGGCCACUCCUCUUAGUGCUGGACAAGGAGUACAGGGCACUCAUGUCUUGUUCAAUAGAAUGGGUAGUCAUCAUUUCCAAAAGUUGGGUUCCUCCCAUGCAAAUGUGAGUAAAAUUCGACUACCAAAAUGUGUAAUUAUGGACAUAGAGAGUCAGAGCAGAUUGUUAGCAUCUUGGGAUGAAGUUACAUGUGAUUUGGUCUUGCAUGAGUUGCCAUCUUUUAGGCUUCUUCAGCAAUUCAAAAUUCCAGCUCAGGCCCGUGAUCUUAGGUACUCACCUAGACACGGCGUACUGGGUUGUCUAAGUGAGAACACGUUGCAGCUUUUCUAUUCUUAACACUCGUCGGUAAGGUAAUUCUAUGUUUCGCAACUGCUCUUAUCACCGCAACCCUUUCAAGAAAGAAAGGGAUCAUUGGCUUUGAUAUCUUUGUUAUAAAUUAUUCUAUAUUUGAAUUUAACUGUCCUUAAAGUAGUUGGAAUAGUUA